GACAGUAGUUCCUGUUUGGGGGGAGUUUUGUCUUCCUUGAUUCUCUGUAUCACUCACUUGACAAUUACUGUGACAUUCUGGUGGACUCAAGUUUUAUUUAUCUUUUGUGCUGUUUAACUUUUCGCAUGUUGGAUUUGCCUGGUGUAGAUCAAAGGCAUCCCGCUAGGAAGGGUCCUAUUUCAUGCUGCUUCACUUCUAUUCCCCAACCGCCUGGCCCUGUGCCCUUGCACUCGGUGCCCUGGAGAGCAGCGAUGUUCUCUGCUCGUCUUGUUCCCCCAACACUCAGCACAGAGGGUGGGAUGACUGUGGAUGGACUUGGGAUCCGGCUGCCGGCUGUAGCACACGCUGUGCUAGCCCCAGGGUGACUCCGGAAGCGGUCCUUUAACCCGUUUCUGGAUACUGCUAGAUGAUACCUAGACUGGGAAGCCACCUGAGCCAUCUCCCUUGACCUUGAGCACGAAGGAAUUCUUCCCCUCCCAGAGAGCUGGGACCACAGACAUCACAGGAAGGCCCUGUGUGGACUGUCCCUCCUUGUAGCAAUGUGCUAGACCGUCCCUCACUCCAGCACCUUCUCCCUUUGGCUGAAGCUAGAGCUCCUUGCCGCCUGCUGCUUCUCUCACUGCCUGGCCUGCUUUGAACACGCUCACGUCCAGAGAUGUGUCUGCUCUCUGUGCUUUUCUGCACCGGGCACACGAGGGGAGGGAGGAAUACAGUGCCGGUCAGCGCCAACCCCAUCCCUCAGGCUUCAAUGCCAGUCAUUGCCUCUAUGUGGGGAUGCAGACUAGCUUGGAUCUAGAUAUUUAUUUAAGUCCAACUCCUUCCAAAUAGCCCGAGGCAGGGUCCUAACUACAAGAGGGUACCAGCUGUGCCCGGAGCCUACCCCGCGAGAAAGGCUUCUCAAGGCAGCAGGCACUGCAAUGCUUCCUGCUUCAGGCCUUGUGCUAAAAUAUUCGUAUUAUAUGUAUCAAGUUCUCCUUCAUCUUGGAGUAGGCCACCGGCCUCUCUCCUUGAAGCUAAGUAAAUAAUUAAAAUGGGUUCUGCUCAUCCUUGGACCUCUUACUUUCCAGGGCUUUGUUUUCAUGUUCCUCUUACAAAUUCCCCCGUAGAGCCCCUUUGGGUCAAGGGGCCCAGGAUAAGCAUAUUGCCCUAGAAAAUAUGCAUCUAAAAUGUAAAUAUAAAAUAUCAGCAUGCAGGGGUGGACAAAAGUAGGUUGACAGUUGUAAUAGAAAUAAAUGAGCCAAUCGUUAAUAAAUAACAAGAACAAACUGUUUCGAGUGCUCACAACUGUAAACCCACUUUGCCCACCUGCACCGUCCUAGCCUCGGUGGGAUGGCUCAUCUCCUGCCCCAUUCUCCGGUUCCUGCCUACUCCUCCAAAACUGCUGGCCUGCAUCUCCAUACCCUUUGGCAUGGCUGGGAGGUUCUGGGCAAAGUCAGGGACCUGCCUCGGUCACCAACCACCUCUGUCUUCCCCCCCCGCCCCCUCGUGGCUGAAGUCCAACACGACUCUGAUCACCCUGGAGCUGGCAGACAACAGUAUCAUGGAGGACGGCAUCCUGAGCCUGGUGGAGAUGCUACAAGAGAACUACUACCUCCAGGAGCUGAAUAUUUCCAACAAUGCUCUUGGUUUUGAGGGGGCCAAAGUCAUCGCAGAGUUUCUCCAGAAAAAUUCCUCUUCACUCCUGAGCCUUCAGCUAUCAGGAAAUAAGUUCAAGGACCAAUCUGCAGAGCUGCUCUGCCAGGCCCUGUCGGCCAAUUACAGAAUUAAGGAAAUGGAUCUCAGCCACAACGAAUUCUCUGACAAGGACGGGGAGUUCCUGGGAAGCAUGCUGGCCCUCAACGUAGGGCUCCAGACACUGGACCUGAGCUGGAAUCACUUAAGCCCACGGGCAGCUGUGUCCUUGAGCAACGGUCUCCGGUCCAACGUGACCCUGAAGACACUAGAUAUCUCCAUGAAUGGCUUUGGGAACGAGGGGGCUGCGGCCCUAGGGGAGGCCCUCAAAUCCAACAGCUCCCUGGCCUACCUAGAUGUCAGCAACAAUGACAUCAGCAACGAAGGGAUCAUCAAACUCAGCAAAGGACUGGAGUUCAACGAGUGCCUCCGAACUCUGAAGCUUUUCCUGAACCCUAUGAACAUGGAGGGAGCUGUGUCACUUAUCAUGUCCAUCAAGAAGAACCCCAAAUCCAAGAUGGAAAACCUUGACAUUUCCAAUGUGAUGGUGUCCGAGCAAUUUGUGAAAUUCUUAGAUGGGGUGUAUGCCAUCCACCCCCAGCUGGACGUGGUCUACAAGGCAAUCCAAGGCCUCUCUGCCAAGAAAUCCAUCAUCCAGUAUCCGAACCCCAUGAAACUGAUCCAGAGCUAUGCUGACCAGAACAAGAUCAAGGUCCUGGACUUCUUCAAGAGCUUGACCCCUACUGGGAUGAUGAAGAUGCCUGUGAGCGAUUUCUUGAAAGCCAUGAUACAGCAAAACAAGAUCCCCCUAAACCGGUUCCAAAUCAGGGAGCUGAUCAAGCGGCUGGAUGACAAGAAUGGCAACGUGAACUUCAGGUCAGCACAGGCCCGCGGCGGGCCCCAACCAGCCUCUGUCCCAGAGGGCCCUCGGCUCUCUAAAAUGGCAGUCUCCAGCCGGUGGGCCACAGACCAUUGGUGGUCCGUGAGGUCCGAAAGGUUGGCGACCGCUGCUCUAGAAAGCACCCCUGAGCUCCAGAGGCCACCCCGUCUGCAUGGCAUUAGGUCUGGUCUCCCCUGCAUAGCAGGCUGCCUUUGCCCCCUCCCACGGCUGCCCCCUGGGUACCCUCCUUCUCAUGUUCCGCUGGCUCCCUUGGCCAAGCUUCGGGCUCAACUACACACGGCAGGCUGCGAGCCUGAUUCUGGGGACACAGUGCUCACAGCAGAUAGGAGGUGACAGGGAGCAGUGAUUAGGCCCUGGCAUGGUGAGGGGGGUGUCACACGGACAUAGAGGAGAGGGCAGAGGGACGUCAGGUCCAUGCCCUGGCGUGUGAGCCGGGCAGGGGAACUGCGGGCCGUCCCAUGCUGCUGUGGCUUAGGGAGUGACGCAGGCUGUGACUCAGGCUGGAGGCCUUGAAGAGAUAGGAAAGGGCUGCGACAACAGUAAUAACGAUAACUGACGCCCGUGAGUCCCAGCCAGGUGCCAGCCUCUGCCAGUCACCAAACAGGCACAGGUGCCUGAAUUCCCACGCACCCCGUGCUAGUGAUGAUGGCAUUUAUUUUCUGUGUUGUGACUACGGUGAUACUGUCACCAAUGUCCUUUUGUAUGCAGUGUUCACACACGUGUGUUCUCAGACACACACUCGGUGGUGCAGGCCUGGUGUGAUUGCUGGCCAAAGGGUGUG